AUGCUUUCUUUGAAGAAGAAUAUCGAUGUAGCACGGGAUACGCCGCGAGUUUUCCUCUUUGGGGCCUUUUGCAAGAAGGCGCUGGUACCGCUUCAAUUUACACAUCCAAUCACAAAGGAAACAGGAGUAGUUAUGCGGUCGCAUGUGGAGAACCGCGUCUUUGACAUGUCUGGAAUGCGGGGCACCGACAUAAUCUCAAUGAUAUUCGACCCGCAUUGGUCCAAGGACCAUCCCGCCUCUCUUUGUGACAUGAAAGCCAUCCUUGACGGGGAUGGUCCCGAAGAGGCUGGAAAGCAUCCAGAAACUGUCGAAGAGUCUUCUGACCAACCACCAAUGGCAGGGGAUCAUGUUCUGACGACGCAAAUCGUUAUUGAUACGGAGGUAGAGAAUGUGGCCGCGAUCAGCAUCUAUCAGAAGCUUGGAUUUGUCAUUGACAAACGACGCGAUUUUUACUACAACGACGGUUCAGACGCCUUCCGAUUAAAGCUUACCCUGGCGGAUUUAUAA